UACAAAAGAGUAGAGUAGAACGGAGUUGGGAAAGGGUAGGCGGUAUUCCUGUGCCGCCAUUGCCUAUCUAUUUCUAUAAUUUCUCCUCUUUGAUCCUUGUCCAUGCUCUUCCUCUUCAUGUUGCCCUAGACCUGUCUAGGGUUUACUUCUCUCUUCCCCAAUUCUUCCGCUUCGCCUGCUUCGCUUGAAGUAGAGUUUGAAAGAGUCGCUAGAGGAAGCGUGUUCGCCUCCUUCGACGACGUUGUUCCUGUAGGAUUGGAAGUCACUACCGGAUCUCGCGUGAAGGUAACGAUCUUGCAUCCUUUAGCGACGCCGGAGCUCGUCCUCGAAAAUUCUUGGAAGGAUUCACUCUAAAUCCUGCUUAAAAGCCGCUCACAAACAGCUCCUCAGAGUGUUCAGAUCCAGUGGAGGAAGAUAUUCCGAUCUCUGUGAGCUGGAUUAAUGAUCAAUGCAAAAAUCACGUAAAGCUCUUCUGCAGAGAAGAGUUGCUUCCGGUGCUAUUAGAAUCUCGGGGAACAGGCAUCUGUAUAUCAAGGCAUCUCUGUUAUUCCUUUUAUGGGGUGUUAUCUUUGUUCUCAGCUUCUUGAUCAAUCACGGAGAUAGUUAUAUAGAUGUCCUCGGCAAGGUGGUUGAUGAGUCUGAUGGGCAUGUAGUUGCUUCAGAAUCUAGUUCAGAUUCCAAGUCCGAUGGUUCUUUGGAAGUACUAGAAGUAACUUCUAAUAACGAUAUCCAGGAAAUCCCUUUUUCUGGAUCUCAAACUGUCAAGAAGACCCAAGAAGUUUAUGUUGGAGGUAAAAUUGCAUCAAGCGAUCCAUCAUCUCCUAGAAAAGAACCUGCAAUUAAAGAAAUCUCCAAUCUGAAUGGUAAGACUGAUUGGGUAAGUCCUUCACAAAAGAAUGGCAGAAUUGCUCGGGUUGCUCCUCCAGGGUUAGAUGAGUUUAAAAACAAAGCAUUCAUUGCCAAAGAAAGCUCCAUCUCAAGCCAGCCAAACACUAUUUUCCAUCGAGUUGAACCCAGUGGAAAAGAGUACAAUUAUGCAGCUGCUACGAAGGGUGCAAAGGUUCUGGCCUUCAAUAAGGAGGCUAAAGGUGCUUCAAAUAUAUUAGAUAAAGAUGCAGAUAGGUAUCUUCGUAAUCCAUGCUCAGCAGAGGAGAAAUAUGUUGUAAUAGAGCUAUCAGAGGAAACUUUAGUGGACAGUUUGGAGAUUGCAAACUUUGAGCAUUACUCUUCCAACUUGAAAGAUUUUGAACUGUCCAGCAGUUUGGUUUAUCCAACAGAUAAUUGGGUCAAACUUGGCAAUUUCACUGCUCAAAAUGUCAAGCAUACUCAGAGAUUCGUUCUUCCUGAGCCCAAGUGGGCAAGAUACCUGAAAUUUAACCUGCUAAGUCAUUACGGAUCAGAAUUCUAUUGCACGUUGAGUGUUGUACAAGUUUAUGGUGUGGAUGCAGUUGAGAGAAUGCUGGAAGAUUGGAUACCUGUUGAGAACAAAAAACUGGAACCUGAAGAACCAAAUGUUGAAAAGAUUUCAAUUCAAGAAUCAAGUGAUGGGGAUGAUAUGCACAGUGAACCUCUUACAGAGAUUGAAUAUGAAUCAAAGAGUGAAAGCCCCAGGGCAAAGCCAGAGGUAUCAAAAACUAAUGUACUAGAUUCAGUUGAGAACAGACCAUCACAAGUUGGAAGGAUGCCGGGAGAUACCGUUCUUAAAAUACUUAUGCAGAAAGUUCAAUCAUUUGAUGUGAACUUCUCUAUCUUAGAACGGUAUAUAGAGGAACUAAAUAGCAGAUAUGGACACAUCUUUAAAGAAUUGGAUGAAGAUAUAGCCGCAAAGAAUUCUCUUUUGGAGAAAAACAGAUUAGAACUUGAUAAUCUUCAGAAAAACAUUGAUAUUUUUGCUAGUAAGAUUGAAGAUCUCCUCUCAUGGAAGUUUGCAGUUUCAUUGCAGUUUGAGAAGUUAGUCAAAGAGAACGAUGUUCUCAGAUCAGAGAUCGAAAUAAGUCGGAACCACCAGGCCCAUGUGGAGAAUAAGGGUGCUGUUGUUCUAUUAAUAAGUUUUAUCUUUGGAUGUAUAGCAACGAGUAAGUUAUUCAUAAACAUGCUCAUUUUUGUUUGUAGAAUGCAUGAUUCUGACAAAUUUUGUAGAACGAGUUCUGCUUGGCUUGUCUUGCUAUUUUGCAGCAGCGUAAUAAUCUUUAUCCUCAUUAUAUGACUUUCAGAUGUAUCAAGUAAGUUGUUUGUCGAAUCUUCGGAAUAAUUAUCAAUUUAUCAUAUAAUAAUAUGAGAGUUUUCAUUGUCUUCUGGACGUAA